GGGGCGCGCUCCCAUGGCCCGGCGGCGGCGGAGGCGGCACGGCGGGGCCGGUGGCCCGGCAUCGGGGCGGCAUGCCGGGGGCGGCCGGGCGCUAGUGGCGGCAGCGAGUCUGCACAGGGGCGGCGGGAGCGGCGAUGCGGCUGCUCGGCGCCUUCCUGCGGUUGCUGGUGGCCGGGACGCUGGGGGCACCGCCCGCCCCGGCCCCGGAGGAGCGGGGGACCGCCAGCACGGAGUCUCCCGUCCUUACCUUUCGGGAGAUCUGGAAUCGUAGUUUCUGCCGGCCUCUGGAGCAGCUGGUGGACGUCAUUACCGAAUUUCCCAACGAGGUGGAGUACAUCUUCAGACCUUCCUGCGUCUCCCUGCAGCGCUGUGGAGGCUGUUGUGGGGACGAGGGUCUCCGCUGCGUCCCCGUGGAGACAAGCACGGUCACCAUGCAGCUCCUGAAGAUAAAACCAAACGGGGAGGCACCCUAUGUGGAGAUGGCGUUCACCGAGCACAAGCAGUGCGAGUGCAGGCCCCGGCAGGACCUGAUGAGGUUGGGAAGGAGGAGGUCCAAGGGCCGAGGUAAGAGAAGACAAGACAAGAAGGGACGGAAAGACUGUGAACUAUGUGGCACACCGCGCAGGUAGCCUCUGCCCUGCCCCCAGCCUCGCUCCCACCACCUGGGCUUGAGCCAGCUGCCUUUGUCCCCAGCACGGGGGACUUGUGGAGUCAUGUCCCUCCAAGCUGCAGCGGGGAGCAGGACUCCAGCAUGGAAGAGCUGACUGUUACUCUUGGUUGGCCCAGGUGGGAACACAGCCUGGCACCAAGGACUGCCUUGCCCCAUCUGCCCCACUGGCAGCAAGAAAAAAGGACCCGUGACCAAGUCUGGGGCUGAAGAUGAGGAGCUCAAGCAGUGUGUUGGUGUUUGAGGACAUUCUAGGGGCAAUGAGGAACCAAGCUGGUGCAUGUGCUGCUGGAACUGGCUGGGGAGGACAGCAUGAUGUGGCAGUGAGUGGAGAUGGCUCACAGGGCUGUACCUGCAACACUUCUCUGUCCUGCCAGCACUCUGCAGCUGGGGAGGAAGGAAACCUGGGGCAGGCAAGGCUGUAGAGCUGCAUCCGUCCCAGUUUUGGCACAGGGCAGCCCAGGCAGGUGCCAGGGAUCUUGCCUGGGAAGCUGUUCUGCUUGGGAACUGAAGGGAACUGGGCUCCUCAUGUAUUCACAGCUGCAUCUCAGAUUUGCCCUGCUCAAUAAAAGCUGGUCAGGCAUGGGAGCUGGCAGCUCCUGUCUGCUUUCCAACAAGGCAGGGAACUUCCCCAUGGGCACCCACUCAGGCUAGAAUAGGGCAGUGACCCAGGGUUUGUGCCCAUCACCAAUCCUGCAGCACCAAGGGACUGGCUGCCCUUGGUGUGAUGCUGGAGACAGGCAGGUUGCUCCCUGGGCUGGGUGCUAUCCAUGUGCUGGAGUUCAGUUGGAUACUGGGCGACCCUUGGGUGAGCUGCCCUUCCCCUCCACACCACAGUGUGGGACUGGUACCUCUUCCUAUUCACCAUCCCCAUCCUGUUCUCUCCCUAGUCCAAAUGUCUGGCUCAGCGUCCUGUCCUCCCUGGCAGGGCUGAUGCAAAGUUUAGGGCACUGGGGGGCAGGCUGCCCACUCAGGAAAUACCCCACCAAGGGUCAUUUGCCUGACAUGGGAACAAGACUGCCCAAGGCCUCCUUUCCUUACUGGGAAUACCCUUGGGGUAUAAGGAGCUGGUGGCCCUCACUGAAGUGGCUGUGGGGACUCCUGUUUCCUGCUUUCCCCACUCAGCCAGACCUCUGCCCAGGUCUAGGGGGAAGCCACAGGCCCUGUUUUUCCAUGCUUUAAGCAGUUCUCCUGAGGCUCUCUCUGUCUCCAUUUCCACCCCUGCUGCAGGGGGUCUGGGGCUGUCUGCCAAAUGCAUGCCAUGCUGAUCUGUGCAGGCCAUAUUCUGGAGCAGUGCACGUAGCUGGAAACACCAGGAGUGAGUUGGCACUUGCAUAUUUGUGGGGCACUCCUCACACUGGGUUAAAAAAAAAUCAAGGGCCAUUCUUGAAAGCUUUAAACAAGAGACUGGAGGGCAAGAUCUACAAAGGUUUCAAGGUCACCCUUAAAUGAUGGAACCUGUGGUUUAUCCUGCUCUGGGGAACAAGGGUGGAGCCUAACAUAGCAAGAACUGGGGUCCAAGGUGGCUCCUUCCCACAUCUGACAGGGCUGCUGGGGAUGGGGGUUACUCUCUAAGCCAUAAUGCUGGUGUUGCCUGGGCUGACACAAGGACAUGGGGACAGGGCAGAUCCCUGCCAGGGAGAGCUGGAGGUGGGUGUUGAGCUAAUGUGAGCCUGCAUAGUGCCACCAUGUAGCAGGCAUGGACUGUGUGAGUUGUAAUUGCGCAGCUGGGCAUAUCGUUCAGGAGCUUGCUGGAUCCCUUUUGGAUCCCAUUUCCAGGCAUGCACAGUAUUCUGGAGCACAGCCUACAUGGCCUUUGCCUCAAAAAUAACCCAUGAAGUUCCUCCUUCACUACCUCAUAGAUGAGGCGAACUCGCUGUUCCCCUUCCCAUAUCACUCAAAGUCUGUGUGGACCAUGUGCUGGCCUGGUCCACACAGGUUUCCCUAUCACUGUGUGUCAUUUCUGCCUGGCUGGUUUGGCUCUGAGGCCAAGGAGAACCAAGUGCAGCACUUGAGGAUGUAUGUGAUGGUUUCUGUUUUGUCUUUAAUACCCUGGUAGUAUUACAUGUUUAAAAAAGGAAGUUACAUAAAUCAAGUAUGUUAAUUAAUAAAAAUAAGUUUAUCAAGACUCAUGAUUAGGAUUAAAACAAAUUCAAACACACUAACACACAGUGGCUUUUCCAAACAGUUCCUGGUGUCUGGUGUCACCUCUUUGGCCACUGCCUGGCACUGAGAUAGUCCAGGCAGCUCUGCCCAUCAGAUGUGGCAGGGCCAGGCACCUGCCUUGCACAAACCCCUCUGUUGCUUCUCUCCCUCCUUCACCUGGGUGCUGUGUGUGGCCUUAUCCCCUGCUCCUCCCAUGGCAUGGGGUGUUGGAUAGCAAGAAUGUGGGUGCUGGGAGGGAUGUGGCUGUCCCACUGCAGCCAUGAUGAGCAGAACAGUUGGGGCAGGAGAAAGGGGAAACAUCACUUACACAAGAGGAGCUGCAGCUCCAGCUGUCAGGCCUCCCUCCAGCUCUGUGGAGGUAACAGGAACCUAAUGAGCCCUAGCUCAUGAAGUUCCUGUGAUUGCUGCUGGCAUCACGUGCCCAGGGAAAUGCUAGCUCCUUUCCCUAUCCCUGCCAGAGGGGAGAAUCCUAAGACCCUCCUCAUUCCAGGGUGGCAGGGACUGCCAGCAGGACAUCACACCCAAUGGAAGUAUGAGGAUCAGGGUGGGGGACUGCUGCUCUGAGGGGGAGACAGGGGCUCCUGGCUUCAGGGCCUGUGUCCAGUGCCCGUGUUUCCUCUCAAGGGGACCAACCGCUGACUGGCCAUUCCUCCUCUGUGUGCUCCCAGCUGUAGCUUUUUUAUACCACUAGCUCCUGGCAGCCCUCCUUGGCCACAGCAGAUGUGUGAGCACUCUGACAAGGUCAGCUACAUCUACAGAACCCCAUGUCCCCCAGGCACUACAGUGCAGGGCUGUAGGGGGACCCUGGUGCCCUUGUACAGGGACCCUGACAGACCCCAGCCCCAAAGACAGCAGCAUCCACCACGGACAGGCAGAAAACGUGUUCCAGCCUCAGUGCUCCCAAAUCCCUCAUCCUUUCCCUGCCUGUGUACCCCUUGCAGCUGUCCCACAGAGCCCAGGAACAACACACCACUGGGUUAUCAGCGUCCCUGGGCUCCCCGUGUCUUCCAGCCUCACAGGGCAAAGGUUUGUUUAAUAAGGCUCUAGGAGCUGCAGUAAGAUGGUUUAGGAGGAUAGUUACAGGAAGACAAAACAUAAAGCAGCCUUAUGCGCCAGGAAAAAAAUUUACAUUUUUUGGGAAGUAACUGUAAAGGUGAUGUGGGGAUUGGCCCAGAGAUGUAGCAUUGCAGCUGAUGAAGCCCUGAUGUUAAAGCUUCACUGGUUACCUCUGGUCUCCCUGAGCACAGGCUGUCACCAGAGCACUGCCACCCAGCAGCGUCUCCCAGCCAUGCCCGUGCAGGUCUCCCAUGUGUCUGCAUGCAAAUAAGGAGACACUGAGGUCCUAACUUCUUGACUGUGACUUACAAGUCUUUUGCACCCUCACAGAAUUUGGCAUAAUCCUGCCUGUUGAAGCCAAUGAUGUUUUCAGUAUUUUAAGCAUUUGCCAGCUCUCAUGUGUCAGUCUUAGUAUGUGAAAAAAAGGCAGCUCUCAGUCCUCUCCCUGCUAUUUGUCUGUGCUGGUUCUGCUUUGGCAGUUCCCACUUCCCAACAAGGACCACAAGCUCUUCAACAGGUUAAUCUAAAAGUAAUCCCUCGAAUUUAAGGUACUCUGUCCAGCACUGACAUGCAAACCUGGAAGCCCACAGGUAAAGGCAGUUGUACCUCAGGGCUGGUACAAGUCUUCUUCCCGUGCAAGGCUUUUCCUCACAGGAGCAUCCUUGAGGCACUUCCUGCUGAUGCCUUCAGCCUACUCUCUUCUGGCCACUUCAGAGGUGUUCAAUGAAGAACUUAACCGAGUUUUGUACUCUCCUGGCAACUCCUCUUCACACAUCUCCCUGCCACCAUCACCUCGAUAUCCAAACCACUCUACAAACCACUUUUGUGGUUUUCCUGUGCUCUGCCCUCUCCAGGCCCACACAGAUCUGCUGAAGCCAGGCAGGUGAGUUGUGCCAGCAGCACCCCUGCUCUCAUCCCUGGCUCUCCUUCACUUCUUGUCUGCUCAGACUUUUCACUUCAAGGAGGAGCCUCCAGUCUCUGGUAGGAAUUAAAAGAUCACCGACACUGUGAGGUAUAAAUAGGCUGGGCAGACAAAAUUGGUCUCUGUUAGGCAGAGGUUAGAAAAGGAGCCUGGAAGUAUUUGGAGGAAAAACCAAAGAACCAAGCACACUGAUUGUGGUUGGGCAGUGAGUUGUCUUACAAAGCAGAUGGCUGUACAUCCUCCUAGACCUGCCCUCUGAGGCACAGUUAAUACUUUCAUAUUCCCAAAGAAAUGAUCUUUGUAAGAGAGACAGUGCUGGGAUGCUGAGCUGAGCUGUGCUGUUGUUAACAGGCUGGGCUGUGCAAAGGAGCUGCCCAGGGCACCUGAGCCCAGGGAGAUCCCCUGCAAGUGUGUGCAGGGUCUGAAGUAACCACAGAUCAGCCACAAACAGGUGCCCCCUCUGCCAGUCCCGCAGCAAGUAGCAGGGCC